CCCCGUUCCCAGAGUGCCCUGCGCGGUGAAGAAGCGGCGGCCGCAGAGUGGAGGCAUUUUGUGUCCGUGAUAGCAGCCGCGCGAUAUACAAGAUGGCGGCGGCUGCUGAGUGAAGGACCAGCGGCGGCGGCCGGGAUCCGGCGGUGCCAGCUGCGCUCGGAUCCCCAGAGCCUCCCGGUGCCACUCCCGUAUCUCUGGAGCGGGCAGAGAGUGUAGUGGCGCCCGGCCGGGGAGUAGGGCAGAGCCGCGGAGGAGGACGCCCGCCGCAGGGGCCCGGCCUAAGCUGAGCGGCGGGGACCAGAUUCCUCCUCCGCUGCCGCUUCCCACUCCUCCUCCCGGGCGGCGCAGAGCCCUCCCCCCCAGGCUCCUUGCUUCAGCGUAGGACCCCCACCUCACUUCCCCUCAGCGCCGGGAGGGCCGCGAGCCGCCCCUCACCAUGGCGAGCAGCAGCGGCUCCAAGGCCGAGUUCAUCGUCGGGGGUAAAUACAAGCUGGUGCGGAAGAUCGGGUCGGGCUCGUUCGGGGACAUCUAUCUGGCCAUCAACAUCACCAACGGGGAGGAAGUGGCCGUGAAGUUGGAGUCUCAGAAGGCCAGGCAUCCCCAGCUGCUGUACGAGAGCAAACUGUACAAGAUUCUGCAAGGCGGAGUUGGCAUCCCACACAUAAGGUGGUAUGGUCAAGAGAAAGAUUAUAAUGUUCUAGUUAUGGAUCUUCUGGGACCCAGCCUUGAAGAUCUCUUCAACUUCUGUUCCCGCAGGUUCACAAUGAAAACAGUACUUAUGUUAGCAGACCAGAUGAUCAGUAGAAUUGAAUAUGUGCACACAAAGAAUUUUAUACACAGAGACAUUAAACCAGAUAACUUCCUAAUGGGUAUCGGGCGUCACUGUAAUAAGUGUUUAGAAUCUCCAGUGGGGAAGAGGAAAAGAAGCAUGACUGUUAGUACUUCUCAGGACCCAUCUUUCUCAGGAUUAAACCAGUUAUUCCUUAUUGACUUUGGUUUGGCCAAAAAGUACCGUGACAACAGGACAAGACAACACAUACCAUACAGAGAAGACAAAAAUCUCACUGGCACAGCUCGAUAUGCCAGUAUCAAUGCACAUCUUGGCAUUGAGCAGAGUCGUCGAGAUGAUAUGGAGUCUCUAGGCUAUGUAUUGAUGUAUUUUAAUAGAACCAGCCUGCCUUGGCAAGGAUUAAAGGCUGCAACAAAGAAGCAAAAGUAUGAAAAGAUUAGUGAAAAGAAGAUGUCCACUCCUGUUGAGGUUUUGUGUAAGGGAUUUCCUGCAGAAUUUGCCAUGUACCUGAACUACUGUCGUGGCCUGCGCUUUGAAGAGGCACCUGAUUACAUGUAUCUGAGGCAAUUAUUCCGUAUUCUUUUCAGGACCCUGAACCACCAAUAUGACUACACAUUCGACUGGACAAUGUUAAAGCAGAAAGCAGCACAGCAAGCCGCCUCUUCCAGUGGGCAGGGGCAGCAGGCCCAAACCCCCACAGGCAAGCAAACUGACAAAUCCAAGAGUAACAUGAAAGGGUCCAUCUUAGACAAUAAGGGUUUAUGAACAUCCAUCUGCAGUGUCGACAACUUCAGAGUCAUUUGCUGGUACCAGUAGAUUGCUGCAACUAAAUGUAUGUCAGACAGUAAAUUAACUGAAUCAAGAAAAGACUUCAUCGAGUAAAACCAUGGAUGUGUUAGUAAUCAGGACCAGCCAAUUCCAGCCAGACUCCUUUGGUGACAAGAUUCCUUGGUUCGUUUAUGCAACAAAUUCUCCCUUUCAUCUCGUUAAGAGCAAACAUUUCAUUGACGAGGCUCAAUCAUUAUGAUGAGGCUACACUCCACUGGCAGAGCAGACAAUGCUGGAAUGUUACUGGACACAGUGUGAGAAUGAAAUUGAAUAGUGCAAACAAAAAAAAUUGAUGGGAAAUUCAUUAAUCAGAGUCUUGAUGAGUGGAACAAGGUACACAAUGAUCUAGUAAUAUGUGCUUGUGUGACAACAGAAGAUGGGGUUGUCUGUCUUACAAGAACAAUUGAUACAUCAGGAAAUAUCCAUGCAGCAGAAUACUUACCAGUAGCAGUAAAAGCUAUAACAAUUUGAACAAAAAUUCAAGUGUGUAGCAUCAUGUAGCAAAGAGGAGAAGAUAUUUAGAAGAAAAUAACGAAGGGACCCUGAAACUUAUAACUUGGGGAUGCAGUGCUCAUUUGAUCUUUUAGCUAAAAUACACCUCCAGGAAUAAAUGAAAAUGUUGAAAUUUCAAAAUAAUUCCCUAACAACCACUUUGCCUCAGCUGUGCUGAAGAGAGGAGGAAGAUCCAAACCAAUUAUCACCCAAUAUGUACAAUGGGAUUAGUUGACUCUUGAGGUAUUUAUUAAGAACUGACCUGUUCUGAUGACUAUUUGUGAAGCAAAUGGUUGGCAAAAUAGAUGGAACUAUCACAGCUGAAGUAGUCAACAUCAGACUGAAGAGAAAUGUAGAGUGCAUGCUGCAUAUACUGAAACCUCUUUCUGUAGCCUUGGAUAAACUGCAGAAAGAUGGCUGAUGGUGUUGAAAUUUAGAAAGGAACAUCAAGAGACAUUGAAGAAAGGAAAUAAUGAACAAAGUUAAAUUGCAGGCAGUAAGAAAGUACCAGGGUAGAUGCCUUAACUGCUGAAGAUGCUGCUACAGCAUUGGCAUCUAAUAAUCACUCAUCAGUUAUGCCAACCACAAUAAAUUUCAGGGCUGGAGGUAAACCGUUCAAACCGUACAUGUUUGCUAAUGAUUUAAACAAAGACACACCACUGAACUGUUGGCAGUCACUAGUUAAGCGCCUGGAACCAGAAUUUUUUUUGAAGUGUUAAACCUGCUUUUAACAGCAGUAGCCUCUUCUGCAGGCACAGUGAAUAUUUGCUUCAUUUGAACUAAUUCAAAGUUGAGAAAUCAAUUGGGAGUUGAAAAAGCAGGAAAGCUUGUCUGCCUUAUAAAAACAAGGCGGGGAGGGAAUUAAAUCUUCAGUUUUAAAAGUUUGAAGGAUGGCCUAAGAAAUGUAGGAGACUCUUCUCAUGUUCAAGAGACUUAGGCGAAAAGGAACUUCAGCCGGGUCAAAUUUUCAAAUGUGCCAAAGUGAAAGUAACUGGAGCUGAUCUGAAAUAAUCGAUUUAAUUCACUGCUUAACACAGUUAAUCCCUCUGUUUGCUGAAUCAUUUAGUUGUAAAUGUGAAAUAUGUUUUGAUAAGCAAAGUUUUGUUGAAUAAAAAUGCUGUUUUGUGUGUUUAAA